GGCGCGAUGCACGCCGGGCAUUGGAGUUCGGCCGAGUGACCCGUCGCGGUCCCCGGCGCCCUCUCCGGAGCGGGUGUCCGGGCGCAGACGCCGACGACCAGGACCGCUCGGCCGUGGCGGGGCGCGAGCGCAGACGGCCGGGCCGGCGGACGCCGGAGGCGCCGGGGAGCAGGUCUUCAGAAGACCCUGUGGUCUUCCCAACUGAUGAAGAGCGAAACGUGUCGUCCCCGAGUUCUGUGGUGAGGCUGACACAGGGGAAACAGCCAAGUCCAGCAAGAGCACCAGCAGCAGUCAUGGGAUGCUGAAGCUCUGGUCCGGUGGAGUUGGCUUUCCUGCUGCGUACACAGAGGUCAUCUCGGAAGAGCAGGGGCCCGGGUUUAUGGCAUUUCCUCCCCGUGGCCUGCCGCAUAGCGCAGGAUGAGCGGAAAGUAGACGUGGCCACAGACGACUUUUUGCCGAACCAGACUCUUGCCUCCAGGCACCCAUGAGAAGCGGGGUGGACAGGAAGAAGCUGGAGCAGCUGUACGACAGGUACAAAGACCCACAAGAUGAAAAUAAAAUUGGAAUUGACGGGAUUCAGCAGUUUUGUGAUGACCUGAGCCUAGAUCCUGCCAGUGUCAGCGUUUUGGUCAUAGCCUGGAGGUUCAGGGCGGCGACGCAGUGCGAAUUUAGCAAAAAGGAGUUCAUGGCCGGUAUGACAGAGCUUGGGUGCGACAGCACGGAGAAGCUGCGGGCCCUUCUGCCAGGACUGGAGCAGGAGCUGAAGGACCCGGUCAAGUUUAAGGACUUUUAUCAGUUUACCUUUUCCUUCGCUAAAAACCCCGGGCAGAAGGGUUUAGAUUUAGAGAUGGCUGUUGCAUACUGGAAUUUAGUCUUACCUGGGAGGUUUAAAUUCUUAGAUCUCUGGAACUCCUUCUUAUUGGAACAUCACAAACGAUCAAUCCCAAGGGACACUUGGAACCUUCUGCUGGAUUUUGGAAACAUGAUUGCAGAUGACAUGUCUAACUAUGACGAAGAAGGAGCAUGGCCUGUGCUCAUCGAUGAUUUCGUGGAGUACGCACGGCCGGUCAUCACGGGCGCCAAGCGCAGCCCUUUCUAGGCAGAAGAUUACGAUCCGUCGAGAUCCUGAGAGGAGGUGCUUCCCACACGGGGACGCUUCGCCGGUCACUGUGCCCAGGACGCUGGCCCUGGCAGUCUCUCUCGCCAGCCAGGGCGCUCGAUUGACCUCCCCGGGCUGCAGAAAGGGCUGAGAAGGAGCACCUCAGAAGACGCUGCUUUGGACGCCAGCCGUGGCGUCCAGCCCGCUUUAGGAGUCCAGUUAGUCAGUCCCCGUCCGUCUGAUGAGGGGACCGCUGCAUGGUCUGUAUGCUACUUGAGAAAAAGGAACUGGAGCUGUUUGCAGAGUGGCCAGACCUUCUGCUGUAUUCGUGAUGUACCAUAUUGCCAGCGGUGACCGCGGCUCCUGCCGGCUGCCCGUCACCCCCGUCACCUCCUGAAAACAUGCGACCGUGUCCUUGGUGGUGCCGUGCACUUCUGCUAGUCAGAGCUGGUGCCCGGCUGCCCUUACGAGCCUCUGGCAGGGCUGCCAACAUUUUAUAAACCUACCUGGUGCCGGGAAUUCAAGAUUUCUAUUUUCUGAAUUACCAAAUAUCUAGAUUUAUUAGAUCUAUUUUUAUUCUAAUUCCCCACAGAUGCUCACGUGAAAGUCACUCGGUGGUUCUUGGUGUGUGGCGGUUUGUGCACUGACGCACACGUGGGCUGUGACUCCAGGGAUGCAGUUGUCAACUGCUGACAAGUCGUGGGUCUUUUCCUUCCAACGUCAUUUGAAUGAGUUUCCUAAAAAGUUUUGUAAAGUAUGUUUUUUAAAAAAAUGUAUUUUAUAACAUUUAAAAAGACAUUUUUCCAUAUAAAUUUUUUCUUUCACAAGCAAUGGGUUAUACGUUGGAACGGCACGAGGGUUGUUUCCCUGCAGCGGUCUGGGAGGCCCGUUGCCCACCCCAGGGCUGCGUGCGUGUUGCCAACGUCUCGUCACCUGUCACCCAUGUGGAGACCUCCACCUCGUUUCCGCCAGAAGCCCGAGCUUGGCAAGCGCGGUCUGACUCUUCGUUGUCUGCUGGCAGAGGAGACUGUCCCACGAGGCCCACAGCCGGCCGGCCGAACGUGGAAGGCCCGUCUGGAGAAAGCUGCGUGUUCUAAAAAUCACGGUGUGGACCCUGCCUCGCGCAGAAGGAGCUUCACGUCACAAGUUCGUGGGGCAGACGAGUUGGUGUCACUUCACAGGAGGGAGGACAUUCACUUCGGGUCUUCCGUAUGUGGACAGUGUCCUGCCAUGUGUGCUUGAAUUGGCGUUUCCAGAAGCAUCCGGGCCAGCGGGGGUUUGCACACCCGCUGUGUGUGGACUGGGUGUACUUUGGGAGAGGAGUCUUUCACAGAGACAGCAGGCUGUGGAGGGGAGGAAAGAGGGCUCGGGGCCUGGAUGCCAGCGUCAGGGCCGGGGUGGCCCCUCGUGAGACUCACGACCGAGUCAUGCAGCUUCUCCUGGGCCUGCACAUCUGCCGCUGCACGGGGACAGACAGGGUCGUCUCUGCUUGUGAGCCGGGGUUUCUGAGAGAGCACUGGUUUUGUAGAAUUAUCACCUCCUCAAGUUUAAGGCAUCCUUUGGGGUCGCGGCUUCCUACCAGGUAAAUGUUCUGCUCCGACGAGGCCGCGGAGCAUGGUCAUCUCGCACAGACCCUGGGUCCACGGCAGCUGCUACUUCUCAAGACUCAGUGUGGCAGGGCUCCCGUGGCUGCUCGUGGGGACGCAUCCGAACCCUAGGACUCAGGCAGAGGCUCUGCAGAGAGCUGGCUGCUUUUUCUUCUGUGUAUUUUAAGGCAUGCUGUGUGCAAGUGCCAGGAGCUUCAGAAACAUUAAAAUAAAUUAUUUUCUCUGGUG